AUGGCUGAAUUCCAAAGGCACAAUCUCGUGUUGGUGGUUUAUUUUUUUAUUUGGGUGGCCAGAAAAGCUCGAGAGCUAACCCCUAGAAGUAAAAACCAUAUUUUCCUGUAAAGGAUGAGCUAGUCGUGAAUGUUGGUAGUAUCCUUCUGAAAGGCCUGAGAGUUGUGCUCCCGUAGUCCCUACAAAAAGAGUUUGCCUAGAAACUGCACAAGGGAUAUCCUGGAGCAGAUGCUGCAAAGAAAAGAGCACGGGAUGUGUAUUACACGUCUAUGACAUCCGACAUUGACUCUACCAUUGUUCUCUGUCAGCUGUGCAAAAGUACCAAACCGCACAAAGAACCACUUGUUAUUUAUUUGGUCCCAGACCUCCCCUGGUUAUUUCUGAGUGCAGAGAUAUUAAACUGAAAUGGAUUGCGGUAUCUGAUACCUGUCGACUCUUACUCUGGUUUGAUAGCGACAGAUACCCUUCGUGAUUUGUCUUCCAUAACUGUUAUUAAGAGGAUCAAAAUUAGGCAUUGUUUUGUUGUCCAUGGUGUUUAUUGCAAAGUGUUUUCUGCCAGUUGUCCACAAUCCACAGUCUAACAGUCUGGCCGAGAAUAUUGUCAAACAAGCAAAGAACCUGCUUUGGAAGUGUAAGAAGGAAGGUUCUGAUCCCUUUCUUGGCCUCCUUAAUCUGUUUAAUGUUUGGAAAGAUCCAACACUAGGUUCUCCUCCCUACUCCUGUGGCAAAGCAGCUCCUCACUCCUAAGGCAGCAAGUAGUAGAAUUGUUGCCUCACGUCUUAAGUGAAAGCGCCAACAGCAGAAAGCUUAUUAUAAUCAGCACGCCAAGUAUCUUCCGCUUCACCAUCCAAAAUGGGUUGUUAGACUUCAAACUGAGAAGAGUCAUGAGAAAGUUGGCAUUGUUAAGAAACCAGCUGCUCAGCCGCGAUCCUACAUCGUGCAAACUGAAGAGGAGUACCGCAGAAACCAGGGACAUCUUUUAGCUAUUCUAAAGCCUAUUCCAUCUCCGUCUGCUGCUCAAACUCCUCCUCACUUACCAGCAGUUCCUCAACAUCCUCCUAACGAGUCAAAUACUCACCAGCCUCCUACCAUGUCAAAUGAGGAUGUACUCCCUGAGGUUACGGGUCCUAUCAAGACACCUGCCAUGAAACCAGCAGAGCCUGCAGUCAGUCAGGUCCCCAACAAGAACGUCUAUCGGCCCCUAAGCUCAACUAAAACCUUUCCAGGGAGGAGUUACGCCAGAGGCCGCUUGUUCAAAUGUUCAUCCAUCCUCUAAUGCCCCAAGACCACAAGCCGUCGCUAGAUCUGAAAGAAUCUCGAGACCUGUACCGAAAUAUAAGGACUUACCCUCACUUACCGUUGUAAAUAGAGGACAUAUUUAGCAUAGUCUUUUAGAACUGCCGACAAAAAUACGGCAUGGCUGUAAAAGUAUUUCUUUUUCGUUUUUAGUGUAAGGAUUUAAGUUAUUUUUCGUUUUUUUUGUACCUGUGCACCUUUUGCAUGCAUUGCCCACGUGAUUUCUUUCAUGUAGAAAUAAUUGACCAUGUGUUUUUCAGUGGCACUCGGUUUGUAUUUCAUACUCUACAAUAUCCAUGAUUCAAAUCAAGCUCACAAUGUUUAGACUUCUGGUAGAAGUAUCUCAAUACAUUACACUACGGAAAGGUAUGUAAUGCGAACAAGUGGCUCUGUCGCUUUUACUAAAAUGAAGUUGAUACUGAAGAUGAAGUCUGUGCGCAAGUGUACCCAAAGACAUCAUUUUCUUAAGAUACCUGAAGACGACUACUUCAGGAAAUUACGCUUGAUCUAAAGAGGUGCUAUGAAAUUCGCGGGAGUACUGAGGCUGCAAAUUCGUAAUUGAGAAUCUUUUCAGCAUCACAGAGUGAGGAUGUAAAUGGCGCCAAAGCCAAACAGCAGUUGCAAAAGAAAUCUUUUGACAAGUCUAAGAAAAACCAGAAAUUAGCAAGAAAGCUGGGGAAAAAGCCAGAUGUCCCGCGUGGGGAACCAUAUGUACUAAAUGUAAAGGCAGAAAUCACUUCGCCUCAAAAUGCGAGAAGGUUAACAAUCUAA